AUGCAGUCUCAGAGGACCCCGGGGAGGAAGCGAGGCCGGCCCCCACUUCACUCAACACCCAUGAAGAUGGCAGUCCAUAACCUUUAUUCCGCUUCAGCUGGGUCUUUGCCAGCAGUGAAGAUCCCAAAGAAAAGAGGGCGGAAGCCUGGGUACAAGCUCAAGUCUCGGGUUCUUAUGACUCCUUUAGCCCUCUCGCCUCCACGAAGCACACCGGAGCCCGACCUCAGUUCCAUCCCUCAGGAUGCAGCCACCAUACCCAGCUUGGCGGCCCCACAGGCUCUCACAGUCUGUCUCUACAUCAACAAGCAGGCCAAUGCAGGGCCGUACCUGGAGAGGAGGAAGGUGCAGCAGCUCCCCGAGCACUUUGGGCCCGAGAGGCCCUCAGCGGUCUUGCAGCAGGCCGUGCAAGCAUGCAUCGACUGUGCCCACCAGCAGAAGUUGGUCUUCUCCCUGGUCAAGCAGGGUUAUGGUGGUGAGAUGGUGUCAGUCUCGGCAUCCUUUGAUGGGAAGCAGCACCUGCGGAGCCUGCCUGUGGUGAACAGCGUCGGGUAUGUCCUCCGCUUCCUCGCCAAGCUGUGCCGAAGCCUCCUGUGUGAUGACCUCUUCAGCCACCAGCCCUUCCCCAGGGGCUCCAGGGGCUCCGAGGAAGCCCAGGAGAAGAAGGAAGGCAGGAUGGAGUCAGCAAAAACAGUCACCACUGAGGACUGCCUGGCGAACCCUGUAGGCAUGAACCGCUACAGUGUGGACCCAUCCACCUCCGCCUUUAGCCACAGGGGCCCCUUGCCCACCUCCUCCUCGCUGUACUGCAAGAGGCAGAACUCUGGAGAUGGCCAUCUUGGGGGAGGCCUGGUCACCACUGCCGGUGGUCCCCGCUCCAGCCCCAUGUCCUCUGGAGGCCUCUUGGCACCUGGGCUGAGGCCCCCAGUCUCCAGCCCCAAGAGAAACGGGACCUCUCUUGAAGGAAACAGAUGUGCCUCGAACCCUUCUCCGGCCAGGCAGGACGCCCGGCGGCCGAGGAGCAGGAACCCUUCCACCUGGACCGUGGAGGAUGUGGUCUGGUUCGUGAAAGACGCUGACCCGCAGGCCCUGGGCCCUCACGUGGAGCUCUUCAGAAAGCACGAGAUCGAUGGCAAUGCUCUCUUGUUGCUGAAGAGCGAUAUGAUCAUGAAGUACUUGGGUCUGAAACUGGGACCCGCGCUGAAACUCUGUUACCAUAUUGAUAAACUGAAGCAAGCCAAAUUCUGAAGGUUUUUAAAAGGACAGAAGCAAAGUCCAGACAACCGGUCUCAAGAUCACCUGCCUUACCAACAUCCAAGCCACCUCCACAAGAUGGAUUUUCACCUGAAAAAUCACAGCCACAAAGACUUGGUCUUUUUAUAAAACGUGUGCAUCUCUGCCUUUUU